CACAGAGACGGUGACCUCGUAGUCUCAGUCCCAUGAUUGUGGCUUGACACUGAGCUCUACAUUGUGCCAUGAGAGAACUUUUGAUUCUAGCAGUGCUGUGCCAGGGGCUGUUUGCCACCAGCUCCCCAGUCUGCAGGAUUUAUGCAGACAAGGCCGCUGCUGAUGAAGCCGUCUACCUCAUUAACAAACUACACCAUCAUGGAUACAAGUUCAAACUGGACAGCUUCACACUGGACAAGAGUCUUCCAGGACAGCCUUUAUGUCUAACUCAAUUGACCUUAACGUUAAGUGAGACCAACUGCCAUAUUGUGAACCCCAAGCCUUUUGAUGAAUGCGAGGUCAGGAAGGAAGCUGACACGCCAGUAACAGCAAAAUGCAACGUCUCUUUGUGUGAUGGUGGAGAAAAACCAGGCAUUGCACGUUUAGUCUGCGAUACUGAGCCAGCUUCAAGUGAAGAACUAGUACGCAGGUGCCCUGAUUGCCCGACUCUUCUGCCUUUGCAUGAUCCUGAGGGCUUGGAGAGUGUAAAAGCUGCCAUUGAGAAGUUCAACAAGGAUUCCACCCAGACCUCCUACUUUAAGCUAUUGGAAGUUGGUAGACUGAGGACCCAGUAUAACAUGGCAUUUGGAAUGUCCCACUUUGCUGAGUUUGCCAUAGUAGAGACUGAGUGUCCAGUCAGUGUGAAAAACGAAGAAAAACCUGCUUGCAAGCCAAAAUGCUCGAAUGAAACUCAUCAUGGAUUCUGUAAAUCCACGCAACUUGGAAAUGGUGACUUGACUGUAGACUGUGAGAUUUAUGACAUCCAGAACACAACACAGCACCCACAUCCUCCAUUCCACCGGGGAAAGCACUGUAGACACCAUGAAAGACACCGUCCAGGGCACCAUGAGCGAGGAGAACAUGAAAGUAAGCCGGGGCACCAUGGGCGAGGAGAACAUGAAAGUAAGCCGGGGCACCAUGGGCGAGGAGAACAUGAAAGUAAGCCGGGGCACCAUGGGCGAGGAGAACAUGAAAGUAAGCCGGGGCACCAUGGGCAAGGAGAACAUGAAAGUAAGCCGGGGCACCAUGAACGAGGAGAACAUGAAACCCGUCCAGGACGUCCCACACGUCCUGGUCAGCCUGACCUUCCAGAGCAUGCCCCCAUCGGUCCAGGAGGCCAUCCAUUCUGUUUUACUCGUACACUUAGAGGUCCUUUCCAUAGAGGUCCUCCUCAUCAUGGAGGCCCUCCUCCUCAUGGAGGUCCUCCUCAUCAUGGAGGCCCUCCUCCUCAUGGAGGUCCUCCUCAUCAUGGAGGCCCUCCUCAUCAUGGAGGCCCACCUCCUCAUGGAGGCCCUCCUCAUCAUGGAGACGAUGACCAUAAGAAACCUCACCCUAAGCUCACUCAACCACCACAGCAAGGGGUGCCCGCCGGUCAACCUAUCCCUCCAGGAUCUGAGGAACGCCUAGAUUUCUCUUUCCCACAUUGCCAUGGUGCUGUGAAAAUACCACCAUCCAUCCAUCCUAUCUGCCCAUUCCCUCCUUCAUUCCACAGGAGGGGUCAUCAUUAAAACUGAACUUUGCAAGAGAUUUUCUUUCAUACAAUCUGAACUAGAAAUGUUAAACAAAACUUAAAUUUAAUAAAAUGAAGCUUCUGGUUUACAUUAUGCUACAAGUGGUUUUGUUAAACAACUGAAAUGGCAUAUGCAAUAAACCUCCUAUAUUACCAUCUAA